AUGCUCAUUAUUGAUGUCAAUACGAGUUCCUUCAAUAAUGCAGCUACUUCCACUUCUCCCAUUUCUACUGCCACACCGAAUGGUGCAACAUUUUUAACCGGCAAUCAAUUGCAACAACAACAAAAAAUAAUUCCUUCUCCAAUUUAUACCGCAGUAUCAUCAUCACCCGCCUCUUCAACAACAACAACUCCUGUUAGUACACCAUCAUCUACCACCGUAACUUCUCCACCCGUCACUAAUGUUAAAAAACGCAAAAAUUCCAGCAUUAGUGCUAAAAAACCGGGUAUAAAAAGUACUGAAAUUAAUUCACUACUGGGUGAAGUGUGGAGAAAUAUGUCCGAGGAAGAUAAAAAGCCCUACCUCCAAAUGAGGGAUACGGCAUUGGAACAGUACGAAAAGGAUUUGGCGGCUCAACAACAACAGCAGAAAUCGCCACUUUCACCACCACCAUCAUCACAACACCAGCAGCAUUCGCCAUCACGACCACUACCACGAUCACCACAUCAUCAUCAACAACAGCAGCAAGUAUAUAAGUUUGUAGAUUUAGAGAACGACGUAAUGUACCAAGAGGCUGUCAAAAUUGCUAGAAAAAUUUUAGACGGUUUAGAAACCGAUCUAAAUGAUCGUUGGUAUGAAUAUGAAUUACCAACAUCGCUAAAUAAUCUUACCAGUGGCAAUAAAGAAAUCGACAAUGUGAUUUCGUUAUCACAAUCUCAAUCAUCAUCAUAUGAUGGAAAAUAUUUAGAAUUAAUAGAGGAAUGUGAUGUAAAAAUCACUAAUUUUUUGUGUAAGGGUGGCAAUGGUUCGAUAUAUGAAGGAGUGUGGGGGCCAGGAAGGCGUUGCAUAAAGGAUAAUAUAAAAUAUCGCGAAGCAAAUACUGCGCAAAAAAUUUCCAUUAUAUGCGACAUCGCAGAAGCUCUUGAACAGAUAAAUAAUCUAAAAUAUAUUCACGGCGAUCUACAUAGUGGAAAUGUAUUAAUAAGCGACAACCAAACUGCAAAAAUAUCCGACUUUGGCUCAUCAAGCGCAUACAAUGACCAACAAUCACGAGAAAAUCUCAGUUGUACAAUUCCCUACACAGCACCUGAAGUAUUCAUGACAGAAACUCUAUCUUUAUAA